GGAGGGGAACCUUGCGAGCCUCGAGAGGACUGAGCAGGACAUGCAGAAAUGUUUUCCUGAUGAUGUAUGGUUGUGUGUAUUCGAACACCACAAUCAUCAAAGAAGUAAACCUGCAGAUGACCCAGAGGGCAAUGGAAAGAUGCAUGGUCAUCAAGGAUACCUCUGAAAUUAUGAACCUGGAUGACUGGGAGGAUGGUAGUACCCUCAACAGAAAUAGAGAAGAUUGGAAGAAGGACCAGUUUAAAAAAAGAGAUGAUGACCUAUUAGGAGCCCUUUCUUGGAAACUGCCAGUCCCAAGCAUUUCCCCAAGGCAUUGGAGUGGGGCGACACCUAGGAUGCCUGGGAUGCUGCUGCUGUUCUCCACUGCUCUGCUCUCCAGUUGUGUUCAGCUGCUUGCAGAAGCUAACUCUUGGUGGUCUUUGGCCAUGAACCCAGUGCAAAGACCUGAAAUGUUCAUCAUUGGAGCCCAGCCUGUAUGUAGUCAACUGCCUGGGCUCUCCCCUGGCCAGAGGAAGCUAUGUCAGCUUUACCAGGAACACAUGGCAUACAUUGGGGAAGGAGCCAAGACAGGCAUCAAGGAGUGUCAGUAUCAGUUCCGGCAAAGACGCUGGAACUGCAGCACUGUGGACAACACUUCUGUCUUUGGCAGGGUCAUGCAGAUAGGUAGCCGAGAGACUGCUUUCACAUAUGCUGUCAGCGCAGCAGGUGUGGUCAACGCCAUUAGCAGAGCCUGUCGGGAAGGCGAGCUAUCCACAUGUGGCUGUAGCAGGACUGCCCGGCCCAAGGAUUUGCCCCGAGACUGGCUGUGGGGUGGCUGUGGAGACAACGUGGAGUAUGGCUACCGAUUUGCCAAGGAGUUUGUGGAUGCUCGGGAGCGAGAGAAAAACUUUGCCAAGGGCUCAGAGGAGCAAGGCCGAGUACUUAUGAACCUGCAGAACAAUGAGGCUGGUCGUAGGGCUGUGUACAAGAUGGCAGACGUGGCCUGUAAAUGCCACGGUGUCUCAGGAUCCUGUAGCCUCAAAACCUGCUGGUUACAGCUGGCCGAGUUCCGAAAGGUGGGAGACCAGCUGAAGGAGAAGUAUGACAGUGCAGCCGCCAUGCGUAUCACUCGGAAGGGAAAACUAGAGCUAGUGAACAGCCGCUUCAACCAACCUACCCCUGAGGACUUGGUCUAUGUAGACCCCAGCCCAGACUACUGCUUUCGCAAUGAGACCACCGGCUCACUGGGCACUCAGGGCCGGCUCUGCAACAAGACCUCGGAGGGCACAGAUGGCUGCGAGCUCAUGUGCUGUGGCCGGGGCUAUGACCAGUUCAAGAGCGUCCAGGUGGAGAGAUGCCACUGCAAGUUUCACUGGUGCUGCUACGUCAAGUGCAAGAAAUGCACAGAAAUCGUUGACCAGUAUGUCUGUAAAUAAUCUGGCAGAAGUAUCACUCUUCUGGCCUCCCCCCUGCUUCUUCUACUCCCUUCCCCCCAAAAAGCUUUUAUUAUAUAAAUCUAUAUAAAUAUAUUUUAUAUUUCUAUAAAUAGAUGAAUGAUAAAUAAUUAAAAGAAGAAAACUGAAAGGAAAUGCUUAUUUAAGAGGUGCUACGUCAGGAUCUCUCUGAGGAUUGGACUUGGCUGUGUUUCUACUCCUUGCGGAGGUUCCAGACAUUAGGAGUGGAGAGAUUUUUUUGUCCCUUUAGUUGGUAUUCUCAGGAUGAGGGGUUGGGACUUACCUAUCACUACACUGUCUCAAAAACAAACAAAAAAAAGACAGAAGGAAAAAAAGAGUGAAUUGAUGGAAAAGAGGGCUGUCUCUAGUAGUCUGGAGUGCUUGUGGGUUAGGUGGUUGUUCUGCUGCCACAACUACAGAGCCAAAGGUCCUGGUGGAAAAGAGUUGGAGGGUUUUUUAAAGCCCUCAGUGUUUGGCUCAGAGUGUAAAUUGCAUCAGCAAGAAGCCUUGUGCUUUCUCACGUCCCUCUGUGUGUGCGCAUAUGCAUGCAUUCAUAUGCGCACACGCAGAGGUCCCAGGUUGAGAAGAGAAGGGUCCUCUUUUCCCCAGGACUGCCUGGGCUCCAGCCCCCUAAGAACCUAUGAUUUAUAGACAUUCCAGUCUAGACUCAUCUUUCGAGUUUCCGGAUUAUUCCUUUUCCACAGGUCUCCUCUGUACCUUGCUACAAAUACCCUGUUCCCAGAGGGACAAAGGGCUAUUUAAUCCGUCCUGUUGGGAAGGACAUACAUUGUGUGUGCCUGGACUGCAAAAAAAUCAGGCACAACAGUGCUGGACCAAUGGAACUUCACCAUGCUCCCUUAUGGGAUGCAGAGACCGGUGAUGCUGCUGCUGUUGCUGCUGCCACUUCCCUCAUCAAGAAGGGAGGCCUGAACUAACCAUGGUGCUCAGAUAAGCGAGGAUUGGCCAGCUGGCCUUUAUUCUUGUCUUUCUUUGUCCCACAUGUACAGUUUCUCUUUGGUAUUAAAUACCCUUCACCAAGAUCUCUCUCCGCCUUUAAUGAAUGCUAUUGACUUUCAUUGUGGAUCUUAGAAUAUUCAGCUAGAGUUUGGUUUCUACUAAGUAGGAAAGAGGAUUGAGUGGGAACUGGAACUGCUCUGAAUCCACUUCUAGCGCGCAGAGAGCAAGAGGACUAUGAGAGUGGAAGAAGGUCUCAGAGAUCAAA